AUGAGGAACUACAAGGUUCUGGAGAAUGAUAAUGUUUUCCGCUUGCCGAAUAAAACUAUCGACGGCUCAGCACUACCACCCCGUAAAGUGGCUCUACAGCAACAAUUCCUCAGAGCGUGCUACAUCGCUCAGAUUUGGGCGAAUGCUCACCUACAAGUACCCAGCGGCGAAACACCUUCAGACUAUGGCUGGGAAGAAAUGGACAACAGAUAUCAAUUUAAGUGGUUUACUGACAGCCAGUUACCAACAUCACUUGACGAAAUAACAAUCCAGCCGGAAAAGGAUGAUGGCAAAGAUAUACUGGCAGAAAUUUCCGAAAGCGAUUCUGAUAGCGAUUCGGACGACGACGCUAAAAGCUCGGCAGCAGACCAAAGCGAGGAAGUUAUAUGGUUAUAUUCGCAUAUCACUUUAAACCAUAAAAAACGUUCAGCUGACUGUAUGCGGGCGGAAAGACGUUCAGUUGACGUAUUAAAGUUACGCGUGCCCUGAGAGCGCCUCUCAUAUACAUACCUGCUUUCUGCGUUACACCUUCACUGACUCAGCUGAACGUUUUUCCACCCACAUACAGCCAGCAGAACGUUUGAUUUGAUUUAAGUAUCAUAUCAACUAUCAGCUGACCAAUUUUCGUGCGAACUAAAAUCAUAAUUUUUUUUUACUUUGUUUUAUGUUCACCUGAGCAGCUGAAGUAUAACCCACCCGCAUACAGCCAGCUGAACAUCGUUUUCUUACUCUUUACUAUAUACUCUAUCAUUCAUAUCAUUUGUAGCAAAACUGACAUAAUUAAAUUUUUUA